AAGUGAGAAUGCACAUGGCUACUCUAUCGCAAUUAAUAUUUCUUUGAAGGCUUAAACCGAUGUCAGGGCGCCGCAAAAAUCCCGUUUUUACCAACUGUGGAAUUAUUUUGCAAUAAGGAAUAUAAAUCGCAACACGAUGUAAGGAUUCCGCUACAGCCUGACUGGCGUCGCUUAACCGAAGGCUGGAAGUUGGUACGAGAGGGUACGUUAAAGUCGGAAUGGUAAUAUUUUGGAGCACAAGAAUGACGACAUCCAACAGCUGAACAUUGACUCGGAAAGGCGUACGUGUCGCGAAGAUAAGAGACGGAGUUGCUGCGUUUGAUUGGGUUGUGUUCCUAGGUGACUGUCUUGGAGCUGGGUCUUGAUACGCAGCCGUCGAAGUCGUGGAAGUGAGCUGGUGUCUAUUCAAGAAAACAAGUGGGAAGGUCGGAACAGAAGCAAACGAAAAUGAAUCCGGAUCGUUUCAUCAAGGGCCUGUCCGGGCAUCUGGAGCCGUCAGUGCGCACGCACCUGAAGAACGUCUACUCGGCGGUGUCGGUGUCGACGCUGGUGGCGGGCGCCGGCGCGACGGUGCACCUCUACACGGGCCUGCUGUCGGGCGGCCUGCUGUCGACGCUCGCCGCCCUCGGCUUCAUGGCAGCGCUCAUGUUCACGCCUGACGACGGCAAGAACACCGGCAGGCGGCUGGGCCUGCUGGCCGGCUUCGCCUUCUGCUCAGGUCUGGGCCUGGGCCCGCUUCUGCAGAUGUCGCUUUACAUCAACACGACUCUGAUCCCGACGGCCUUCCUGAUGACGAGCGCAGUGUUCGUCAGCUUCACGCUGGCCGCCCUGUACGCCCGCCGCGCCCAGUUCCUCUUCCUGGGCGGCAUCCUUGGCUCCGGACUCUCCAUGAUGCUGAUGCUCUCGCUGGCCAACCUCUUCUUCAAAUCGCGGAUGAUUUUCCAGCUGGAGCUGUACGGCGGCCUGCUGCUGUUCUGCGGCUUCAUCCUGUACGACACCCAGCUGAUCAUCGAACGCCGCCGUCGCGGCGACAAGGACUACGUGUGGCACGCCCUCAUGCUCUUCGUCGACCUCGUGGACGUGUUCCGCCACAUCCUGGUCAUCCUCAUGCAGAAGGAGAAUCGGAACAAGAAGAAGAACUGAGCGCCGUGCCGACGGCGCCGGCCUGACUGCCGCAUAUGCUGCACGUGCACGUGUGCGUGUUCUGCUCGGAGCACGGCCAGUCUCGCCGCAUAUAUUAACGCCUCGAGCUUCUCCGUAAUCGGCAUAUCGUUCGGACUUGUAUCCGAGGGCAACUAAUUUGCGAUAAUAAUUCUGCGCGUGUGUGCAAAGCAAGCGAGGGAGGGGGGCAUCCGUAAUACCGGGCCGCGAGGUGGCGUCCGAAGGCGUGAGUGGGCUU